AUGGCGGCAAACUCGCCAAACCCCGUUCCUUUCUCCGAGCCGCCCUACCUGCGCGGGCUCCCAAAUCCAUACAUCACGCCCGCCCACCUUCGCUUCCAGAAAGCAUGCCGCAAAUUUGCCUGGGAGAAUCUGAUUCAACAUGCGAUGGAAUGGGAGAAGGCUGGGACUGUCCCCGAGCAUGUUUUCCACACCUUCUGCAAGGCCAACAUGCUCUUGCCCAACAUGCCCGCCCCGCUUCCCGUGGACUGGCUCAAGCGGUUGGGGAUCAAUGAUAUCUUGGGAGUCAAGGUGGAGGAUUGGGACUAUACCUAUACCGGUAUUUAUUGUGAUGAGAUGGGACGGUCAGGUUUGAGUGGUCCUAGUGGCUCAUUAAAUGCCGGUUUCGCCUUUGGCAUUCCCCCAAUUGUCAAAUUCGGUAGCAAGGAGCUACAGGAGCGAUUCCUCCCAGAUCUUCUCACGGGCAAGAAGCGAGCUUGUAUUGCGAUCACAGAGCCCGAGGCCGGUAGUGACGUUGCGAACAUUACUACAACUGCCGUCAAGACCGCAGACGGCAAGCACUAUAUCGUCAAUGGAACAAAGAAAUGGAUCACAAACGGUAUUUGGUCUGACUACGCAACCAUGGCCGUCCGGACUGGCGGAAAGGGAGCCUCUGGUCUCUCCGUGCUAGUCGUGCCUUUAAAGAACCAUCCCGGUGUCUCAAUGCGCCGACUGAAGGUCUCGGGCCAGAUUACCGGUGGAACGACCUAUAUUGAGCUGGACGAUGUUAAGGUGCCCGUGUCGAAUAUCGUUGGCAAAGAAGGUGAUGGCAUGCGUAUCAUCAUGACCAACUUCAAUCACGAGCGACUCAUCAUUGCCGUCGGUGUUACUCGCCAGGCUCGUGUGGCUCUAUCUGCUGCGUUCUCCUACUGCCUCAAGCGUGAAGCAUUUGGGAAAACACUCAUGGAUCAACCUGUUGUGCGUCAUCGGCUCGCCAAGGCUGGUGCCGAGCUUGAGACCAUGUGGGCCUGGGUUGAGCAGAUCCUCUACCAGUUGAGCCAUAUGACCAAAGAAGAAGGCGAUCGUCAGCUUGGUGGGUUGACUGCCUUGGCAAAGGCCAAGUCGGCGAUGGUCCUAAAUGAGUGCGCUCAGGUUGCUGUCCUGUUGUUUGGUGGCAAUGGCUUCACUCAAACCGGUCAGGCAAUUCUCCGUGAUGUCCCUGGUGCUCGCAUUCCGGGUGGCUCAGAAGAUGUCUUGCUCGACUUGUCCGUGCGUCAGUUAGUCAAGAUCUACCAAGCACAGGAGAAGAAGCUAGUCCAGAGCUCAAAGAUCUGA